AUGAGCAGUCGCCUCCUUCUCUCCUCCGUCGCCCUGCGUCCGGCGCUCUGCCGCGCAAUCACCCACUCCGUCUCCAGACAGCCCAUCGCCUCCUCCAUCCUCCCCGUCCUCCGCCCGCUCCUGCGCCCGCGCCCGCGCCCCUCCUCUCCUCUUUCUCUUGCGCCCUCCUCCCGUCUGAUCUCUUCCUGGGCUGCCAGACGGCUCUCCGCAAAGGAAGAGAAAGCAAACCUCCAGAAGAACAACCCCGACGCCCAGGCAGAUCUCUAUGCUGACCUCCUCGAGCACGGCUACCCGCAGUUCGUCAUCGAGCGCUACCAAAACAAGUCUAUCGCCCGCAACAAGACUUGCGAUGCCUACUACUACGAGGCUAUCGCCCGCACCGGCGGCCAGCCCGCCCAGAGCUUAGACUACCAGUCCUCGCGCGCCUCUGCUCCCGCCACCGCCGUCUCCGCAUCCUCGGCCGCCGCCGCCGCCUCUGCUCCCGGCUUCAUCGGCCGCGCUGCAAACACCGGCGACAAGUUCGACCCGAUCCACGUCGUCAUCCAGGACGGCAAGGGUUCGCUUGUCUUCCGCUACCUCAAGCUUCUCGCGUCCUUUGCCUUCACCUACUUUGCCAACAAGGACACCUCCGUCACGCAGCCCACCGUUCGCUUUUCCGACGUCCACGGCGUUGACGAGGCCCGUGCCGAUCUCGAAGAAGUCGUCGACUUCCUUCGCGACCCCGCAAAGUUCACCGGUCUCGGUGGGCGUCUGCCAAAGGGUGUUCUCCUCACCGGCCCUCCCGGUACCGGAAAGACCCUUCUUGCCCGUGCUGUCGCCGGAGAAGCUGGCGUGCCUUUCUUUUUUAUGAGCGGCAGUGAGUUUGACGAAAUGUACGUCGGAGUCGGCGCAAAGCGUGUCCGCGAGCUCUUUGCCGCCGCAAAGGCAAAGGCUCCUAGUAUUGUGUUCAUUGACGAACUUGAUGCUAUUGGAGGAAAGCGUAAUUCUCGUGAUCAGGCUUAUGUCAAGCAGACCCUCAAUCAGCUUUUGGUUGAUCUUGAUGGAUUCUCGCAGACCACCGGAGUGAUUUUCAUCGCAGCCACCAACUUUCCCGAACUCCUUGAUCCCGCAUUGACUCGUCCCGGCCGAUUUGACAAGAUCGUCAACGUCGAUCUUCCCGACGUGCGAGGCCGCAUCGCCAUCCUCCGCCACCACAUGAAGAACGUGAUUGCAAACAAGUCCGUCGACGUUGACGCUAUCGCCCGCGGUACGCCUGGUUUUUCGGGCGCAGACCUGCAGAACCUCGUCAACCAGGCUGCAAUCUAUGCAUCGCGCCAGAACGCGGUCGCUGUCGACACUCAGCAUUUCGAAUGGGCAAAGGAUAAAAUCUUGAUGGGCGCCGAAAAGACUACAAUGGUGCUCACCGAGGAGUCAAAGAGACUCACUGCGUACCACGAAGCUGGCCACGCUCUCAUGGCGAUGUACACCCCUGGUGCCACUGCUCUCUACAAAGCGACAAUCCUGCCCCGCGGUCGUGCGCUCGGCGUCACCUUCCAGCUUCCCGAGAUGGACAAGUACAGUCAGAGCAAGAAGGAGCUGCUAGCGCAGAUCGACGUUUGCAUGGGCGGCAAGGCUGCCGAGGAAUUCAUCAACGGGGUCGAGAACGUGACGUCGGGAUGUUCUAGUGAUUUGCGGCAGGCUACGAAGGUCGCUAGAGCGAUGGUCGCCAGCUACGGCAUGUCUGAGAAAGUCGGCCCGGUCGAGUUGGCAGAGGACUGGAGCCAGUGGUCGGCGACCACGCGCGAGCUCGCCGAGUCCGAGAUCAGAGACGUGCUACAAAAGUCAGAAGACCGAGCACAAAAGCUGCUACGAGACCGGAGUGUCGAGCUCAAGCGUCUGGCCGAGGCGCUUGUUGAGUACGAGACCCUAGACCGACAAGACAUCGAGCGCGCUGUCAAGGGCGAAAAGCCAGAGAAGCCGAUCCCACCAAAGAAAUCGAACCAAAUUGUGUCGAAGCCGUCGUCGGCGGGUGGACUCCUGCCCGCUCCGGCGCCUGUUGCGCGUGAUAGCACGAGCAGUAGCUAG